GCCUGCACUCGGCAGAUAACCUCUUCGCUCGUGUCUCAGGACGCUGCUGAAGUGAUGUGUGUUCCGUCGGCCAAGUUCACCCAGUGUGAGGGCGUGUUUUUUUUAAACGUGUGAAGACUGAAAAGUAAUAAUACAUACAUGGAUGGGCGUUGAUCGAGAUCCCACCAAGGAAAAAAAAAUCCUGGCUACGCCUAUAACCACAUAGAUCAAAGUUUUUUUAAAAGUCAGUUUUACAUUUUAAACUUUGUUGCCACGAAUAAAACUGCAUGAUAUACAGCAAAUUCCAGAAUGACAGCCCCAAAGAAACCUUCCUUUGCCAGCGUGUCGCUGUGCUUAGUUGUUCUUACCCAUCUUGCUUUGUCCACUCAGAGUGUUAUGUCUACUGAGCCAAUGUCCACUGAGCCAAUGUCCACUGAGCCAAUGUCCACUGAGCCAAUGUCCACUGGGCCGAUCUUGGAUCCUUGUAAAGCGGAUGCAUUUAUAGGUGACAUUGCUCUUGACGCUGAAGAUCGGCAUGUAGUCCAAGGUAACUUUCAAAAAGAUUACGUCAGUAGAUCUGUAAGUAACAACAGAAACAAGAAGAUGCCCAACACACCGGAAGUCAAGAGGAGACGAAAAAGCAAGAGAAACAAGAGAGCCGCUACUUCUGUUCGAGACAGACUCUGGGAUUACGGCGUGAUUCCUUAUCAAAUAGAACCCAUUUUUACAAGCGAGACCAAAGUCCUAAUGAAACAAGCCAUGAAACAUUGGGAGAACUACACUUGUAUUACUUUCAUAGAGAGACAGCCUAAAGAGCACAACUUUAUUUUGUUCACUAAAAGUCCGUGCGGCUGUUGUUCUUUUGUUGGUAAGAAAGGAAGCGGUGGCCAGGCUGUUUCCAUAGGCGAGAACUGCGACAGCUUCGGAGUCAUCAUCCACGAGCUAGGACACGCCAUUGGGUUCUGGCACGAGCAUACCAGGCCUGACAGAGAUAGACACGUGCAGAUUAACAGCAAGAAUAUCAUCCCUGGCCAGGAAUACAAUUUCAAUAAAUUAACUUCAGACGAUGUCAAUUCAUUGGGUGAAACAUAUGACUUCGAUAGCAUUAUGCAUUAUGCCAACAAUACGUUUGCAAUCAAUAUAAGAUCAGAAACCUUGCUUCCAAUUGCUAAGCCUGGCACCAUGAGGCCUCAAAUAGGGCAAAGAGUUCGACUCAGUGACCUUGACAUACGACAAACCAAUAAACUCUACGCAUGCCCAAGCUGUGGGCGAACCUUCCAAGAAAGAAAACAACAGUUUACUCACACUCCAAAAAGAGGAUCUCGAGAAAUAUGUCAAUGGCGAAUCUCAGCUGCGCAUGGAGAAAAAAUAACUCUCAAUAUAACAAAUUUAGAUAUACCAACAUCAUUUAACUGUAGAAGUCACUAUUUAGAAGUUAAAGAUGGACAUUACCUAAAGUCGCCACUUUUAGGACGGUUCUGUGGGAAUCAGGUUCCAGAUACUUUGAUAUCAUCAGGUCCACGUCUCUGGAUAGAGUAUCGAACUGAAUAUGGACAGGGACAAGGCUUCACAAUAGCUUAUGAAGCGCUAUGUGGUGGAGAAAUCAAGAAAGAAGAAGGCAUUAUAUCCAGCCCUAACUACCCAGACCACUAUGUACCUGAAAGAGUUUGUGUCUGGCAAAUUACUGUUCCUAUAGAGUUUACUGUAGCCCUUAAGUUUCAGACAUUUGAUAUUGAAAAUCAGUUUAACUGUCAGAUGGAUUAUCUUGAAAUUAGAGAUGGGCCAUCAGAAACAUCUCCAUUGAUUGGAAACUUCUGUGGUAACAAAAUUCCAGAGGAUAUCCAGUCAACUGGUCAUCAGUUGUACCUCAAAUUUAUCAGUGAUGCGUCAGUUCAGAGAUCUGGAUUCUUUGCCAUGUUUACCAAAGAGUAUGAUGAAUGUAGCUCAGAUGAACACGGCUGUGAUCAAGUAUGUGUCAACACGCUAGGAAGCUACACGUGUGCCUGUAGAGAUGGCUACAAGCUACAUGCUGAUGGCAAGAGGUGUGAAGAUGCCUGUGGUGGCUACCUUGACUCAGAGAAUGGUACUAUCAGGUCACCUUCCUAUCCUAAGCUGUAUCCUUCAAACAAAAACUGUAUAUGGAAACUGGUGGCACCACCUGGACAUAGAAUUACAGUCAAUUUUACUCAUUUUGAUUUGGAAGGUCAUCUGCCAAGCUGCCAGUUUGACUCUGUACGUAUCAGCACUCCAGGAGACGAGGGUGAUGCCAAAGUAUUUGGUGUUUUCUGCGGCCACAAGUUCCCAGCACCCAUCACAUCAGAUAACAACAGUCUAAAAAUAGAAUUCAAUUCUGAUAACUCUGUACAGAAAACUGGGUUCACUGCUGAGUAUUAUACAGACAAAGAUGAGUGUAGUGUGAACAAUGGUGGAUGUCAACAUAUAUGUAGGAAUAACAUAGGCAGCUUUGUUUGUGAUUGUCCUGAAGGUUUUACAUUGAAUGAUGAUCUACGUUCUUGUAAGGAAGCUGGAUGUCACCAUGACAUAAAAAGUCAUUAUGGAGUGAUCACAAGUCCUAAUUACCCAGAAUACUAUCCCAGCAGAAGUGAAUGUGUAUGGCAUUUCUCAACAGCUCCUGGCCAUAGAAUUAGACUCCAGUUUAGAGCUUUUGAAGUUGAAGCUCAUCAGCAAUGUACCUAUGAUUAUGUUGGUAUCUAUGAUGGAAACUCUAGCAGUGCUGCUAACAUUGGCAGACUUUGUGGGCCUCGUAUUCCCAAGCCAGUGACAUCCAAUAGUAAUCAUCUGUACAUGACCUUGAUUUCUGAUGCUUCUGUCCAGAGGAAAGGUUUUGAAAUUGAGUAUGACACAGUUUGUGGAGGUCAUCUGGAGGCUUCAGCAUCUCCUCAAAAAAUCUGGUCACAUCCUCGCUUUGGAGACAAUGUGUAUGAUAACAAUCAGACAUGUGAGUGGAAGUUACAUGCCAAAGAAGGCCAGACUAUUGAGCUGCAAUUUACAUUCAUGGACUUAGAAGAGGAUUCUGACUGUGGGUAUGACAAUGUAACCAUCUAUGAUGGACUUCUAGAUAAUUCUCGACCACUUGGGACAUUUUGUGGAACUGAGUUACCAACUCUGAUAUCAUCCAGAUCUCAAAACAUCCUAAUAUACUUUCAUUCAGAUGAAGCCAUUGCUUGGAAAGGAUUUUCUGCUACAUUUAACAUAGUUAACAAAGCUUCAAAGCAAAUGCAAAAGAUUCAGACAGAUGAUUCUUAACAAUGAACAAAUACUCUUUAAUUAAACUAGUCUUUAAAAAAAAAUAUUUUGUUGGUCAAAUUCUAUGCAAUAAAUCUGCACCAGAAAGCUAUUCUUAAUAUU